GCGUCCCUCCCUCCUUUAUAGCCUGACGCUUUCUCCAGGGAGGUGUGUUGUGUGUUGUCAACUCAAGGCCACUGCCCUUUGAAAAGGGAGAUGCCGUCCUGCCCUCCCGCACAGCUGCCUCGGGAGAUGCGCCCGGGCAACUCGGGAGCUGRGAGAAGCUGAGGGGGGAACAUGAAGGCAGCUCUCGGGGUGCUCCUGCAGUGCCUGCUGCUGCUGCUCCCGGCCGGGGCGCUGCCGAGGAGAGGGAGCGCCGGGGACUGGCUCUCCCCCGCGGAGGAUCUGGAGGCGCCUCCUUCGACGGAGCUGGGGCUCGAAGAAGAGCAGAGCAGGAGAGGAAACACGAGCGUGGCCGGGAGAGCGAGAGGCGGCUCGGCGGCCACAUCCAGGGUGCCCGGUGCUGCCCGCCUCGCGGCCAGGCCUGACCCAGCAGCGAGGUGCCUCCAGGUGCUCCCCGAGGACGGGGGCGCGAGCCGGCCUCCCUCCAGCCUCCGCCCCUGGCUGCUGGGCGGGCUGGAAGGGCCGGUGUGCCGGGUGACGGUGGAGCAGGACGGGCUGUCCCCGCGGCCCCUGGAGGUCGUGGGUGUUCUCACCCGCUACGAGAGCCGCUUCAUCAAGCUCCUGCGAGGCGCCGGCUGGGACGAGGGCAGCCUGGAGACCUUCGGGCUGUGCCCGCCGGGGGACGCGCACGCUGCCCUGCGCCCCCUGAGGCACAUCCACGCGCACGUGGCCGAGCCGCGCGAGGACCGGCUCCUGGUGCUGCACCUGGAGGAAGCGACGUGGGCGGCCCAGGCCCUGCUGCGCUUCCAGCUGCGGCUGGCGGCGGCCGCGGGCCGCGCGCUGGGGCCGCUGCGCUCUGCCCUGCUGCUCUUCUACGUGGGCGGCCGCGCGGCGCCCGCCCAGCUGCAGGCGAGCGGCCGGGGGCUCCCCCGCGAGCAGAGCCUCUGCCUCUCCGGGGACACCCGCUACUUGGUCCUCGGCGCGUCGGCAGCYGCCGUGAACCGCACGGACGAGCAGCUCAGCUUCGAGGUUUCCUUGGCCCUCCGGCAUCGCGGGGACGCAGGCACCCCCCUGCCCUCCGCGGAGACCCAGCAGCUCCUUUUCGGCUCCGAUGACAAGUGCUUCACCAGGAUGACGCCCGUGCUGCUCCUGCUGGCCAAGGCACCGAGGGAAGAGGAUUCCUUGGCCGCUUCUUCCUACCUCUCUGCGGCCGGCGCGGUGGAAGUGGCUCCGUACCCCGAGCUCAGCCCGCCCCAGCCUGGCACUCAGGAGCUGCCGCCGUCCACGCCGCCCAGCUGGCUCAACGCGUCGGCGCCCGCGCCCGGCGGCAGCAGCCGGUUCCUGGACAUCCUGACCAGGUUCCUGCGCCAGGUCCUGAGCCCUUCCAGCGAGCCGCCCACGCCGCCCAGCUCCCACCACUGGCUGGACUUCCAGGUGAUGGAGACCCUCCCUCACCAGCUGCUCAACCUGUCGGAGGGCGCGGCGCUGGAGCGACUGGUGCAGUCGGAGGAGCCCUCGGUGCUGCUCUUCCCGCAGGACAGCAGCGCGCAGCUGGAGCGGCAGCUGGGCGCCUGGCAGCCCGAGGGCACCGUGCUGCAGCUGCUCACAGGCAAGCUGCACGCCGUCAUCCAAGAGCUGCAGGACAUGCCCUCUUUCCAAGCCAACACGGGGCUUUUCCAGCAUCUCCUGAGCUUCUGCUACUAUGCGCCAGGGCCGCGGGAGGGCGAGCAGCCGCCCGGCUCCGGGAAGCUGCACACGCUGCUGCUGCUCAAGGCCUUGCAGACGGUGCGAGCCCACUGGCAGGAGCGGAGGAAGGUCCUGCGGCAGAACCGCAGCGCCCGCCACCAGGCCCACUGCCGCCUGCAGGAGCUCACCAUCGACCUGCACGACCGCAAGUUCAUCGUCAUGCCCACGGUGUACGCAGCCAACAACUGCGAGGGCCCCUGCCGCCUGCCCCUCUCCACGCGUGUGCCCGGCUACUCCUCGCACACGGUGCUGCUGCUGGGCAUGCAGGAGCGGGGCUCGCCGCUGCGGCGCGCUCCCUGCUGCGUGCCCACCCGCUACUCCGACCAGCUCAUCAUCAGUGUCUCCAGCGAGGGCCUGGAGGUCCGCAAGUUYCCCAACAUGGUUGCAGAGGAGUGUGGCUGUCGGUAGAGGCUCCCGGCCGCGUCGCGGCUCUCACCGGCCCCCGCCUGCCGCAGCCCCGGGCUUUGGCUUUCRUGUUGCUCUGGUUCUGGGUUUGUUUUCAGCCUUGCUGCUCCUUGCAGAGCUGCUUUGCAGCCUGCUCUUUCCGCACGCGCUUCCGAGAGGCUGGUGCACAAGGAGGCCCAGGCUGCUGCCUGCUUUGGACCGGGGAGGUGCAGGACCGUCGCAGGCAGGGCAAGGCCUGGCUGAUGCAGUGACGACCACGGCCACUUCUCCGCUGCCUUCUGCUGCUGCUCCCUGUGGAGGGCACUCGCUGCUUCCUCGACCACCCCUUCGCUUGCGGGUGCUUUGGCUGUGUCCGAGUCCAGCCYGGGGCCUGUCCCGAAGCCCGUGCUGUCCCGCCUGCUCCCGCUGCUCUGAGGAGCAGGACAGGCGGCACCAUCCCCCCCGGGGCACAGAGAGAGCCCGGCGCAGCCCUGCGGCUGCCGCUCGCACCAGGACCAGGACACGAGCUGCGCUCGCCCCUGCCCUUGUUGGCAGCGUCCGCCACCGCCCCACGCCGCGUGGCUGCCAGGGCCCCGUCCUGCACCCGUUGUCAGCCCCGAGGAGCCCCCGGGGGCUGCACCCCGAUCUUCCCCCCAGCCCAGCGAGCGUCCUGGGCCGCGGCCACCCUGCUCGGCCGCUGCGCACGCGGCUCCCCUCUUCCCACUGGAUGCAGCGACAGGAACCGAAGGAGAGACAGUCCCUCCAGUCAGACAGAAUCCCCUGCUGUCGCGUCUGCCUCAGCCCCGGUGCGUCCUGCCAGGCGCCAGCAGUGCCCGCGGGCUCCUCGCGUGCUGCCCCACGCGCAGGGGCCAUCCUGGCCRUGGGGCCGAUGCAGCGGCGCAGCCUCCCAGCGCCUGAGCUUCAGGGCAGCUCCCGUGCAAACACACAGCUAGAGCCAGGACCACCUCUCUUCCCUUUUUUUAAAACAUUCGGUUUAAUACAUUAUUAAAAAUGAAAACAGUUUGUUUUAACCUCUAUCAAUGUAGUAAAUACUGCAAUCUGCCGCGGGUUGGGGCUGUCGACAUCUCCUGUGGUUACUAGAGCGCUGCACGAUGUCGCACUUCGGGUUUGUUCCUAAAAGCUGCUCGGGAAAGGCAAGUCCCCGGGGGCCUGGGCA